GUCACCACAUUCCUCAGGAAGUCAGGCYUGCAACAUGCAGCAUCACACAACAACACAGAAACAAACUUUACCACUUCCUAACACAAAAUAUUAACUAUUUCACAGUGUGAAAGUAACAAAACUCUCUGAAUAGUUUAUUCUGUUUGACUUUGUAUGAUUUCUUUUCAGAAUUGCAACAAUAUCUGAUCUGAAUGUAACUCAGGAUUUUCAUCUGUACAGGGGAAUCAGGGUUAAAAUAGAGACUAUAAGGGAGAACUUUCUACUAUGUAUUUUAAAAAGUUAGGAAACAUUGUUUAGUUUUCAUGUUGCUAAUGUUGUUUGUUUCAGACUGGGAAUAGAAUGGAAGCCAUGACAAGGCAGAAACAAAAGAGACCAUCUGUUCUCUGUCAAGUUCCUCAAACAUCAUCCAGACAACAAGAGGACAGUGCAGCUGUCUUUAUUUGUAAGGAAGAGGAAGAACCAGCCCAUCUUCUCCCGCCAUCUUCUCUCCCCGUGGAGUCAGCUGUGAGACCGAGCCUUCGCCUCCUUCCGAUGGGCAGAGAUGAUCCAAAACCAGCUUCAGUGGAGGCCCGGCUUCAUGAUGGCAUUGGUGAGGGUACCAACGCUCUGUUUGUGAGUGGUCUGUGCCGCUGGCCGGGCUGUGGUGCAGUACUGGAAGAUUUCUCAAGUUUCUUAAAACACCUUCAUUCUGAACACAGACAUGGUGACAGAAGUAUCAGUCAGUGGAGGGACCAGCAGGACCUUGUCCAGUACAUGGAACGCCAGCUUGUUCUAGAAAAACAGAAACUCAUUGAGAUGCAACUUCAUCUCUCCGGACACAGAUACUCUGAGACUAGGGUGACUUCUGAUUGGCCGUACCAUCUUCCUCUGUUGCUGCCCUCAUCUCAGCUGACCAAUGAGAACAGAGUGCAGCCGUGGGGCGUGACCCAUGUGGAUGAGAUAGUCCAACAUCGUAACACAGCAACAGGUUCUGACCAUCUCCUUCAAGAUUUGGUUCCAAGUAUUGAAUGCUACAAAUACAGCAACAUCAGACCACCAUACACAUAUGCUUACCUGAUAAGAUGGUCUAUCCUAGAAUCUCCAGGCAAACAGAGGACUCUCAAUGAGAUUUACAACUGGUUCACCACCAUGUUCUUCUACUUCAGAUACAACACUGCUACAUGGAAGAACGCCGUUCGUCACAACCUCAGCCUCCACAAGUGUUUCAUUCGUGUGGAGGGAGGAAAAGGAGCAGUGUGGACAGUGGAUGAAAGAGAAUACCAGAGACGGAAGGGACAGAAAUAUCACAGGGACUGUCCUUUGAAGUGGUUUACUUCUUACUCCCAUUACUGUCCGAAAGAUCCAUAGAGUCCAGCAGAACCACUUUACUCCUCUGGGUCCUGAAGUUCUGUCCACAACAAGACAUCAGCAGUCAAACUGGAUGUGAAGUGCUUAUUUACCAAAGAAACGGAGCAGGAAACUGCAGUCAUGUGAAAAAGAAAGUCCACCCUCUUUCAGUUUUAUGGUUUAUGUAUGAGGAUUUAAAGACCUGAUAUUUCAUAUCACCAUCACCUUUUAAUGGUAGAGUUAAUUACAAUCAUCAAAACAUUUUAUAUUAGAUGUCAUGUGAUCUGUCAGUCUGUGUGUGGGAUGACCCUCAGCUACCACCAUCUCAAACUUAAGC